ACGGGAAACGGCACCAUGAUUGACCGUACCGUGACCUUUGCAGGUUCUCUGACACGUGACCUACGGACCUACCUGAACACGCGGUUCCAGAAGGGCUCUGUGGACCAUGAGCUGCAGAACACCAUCAGGGACAAUCUGUAUCUUCGCACCGUGCCUGUCACUACGCGGGCCCCGAGGCCAAACGAGGUUCCCGGCGUGGACUACACGUUCCUCACGCUAGCCGAGUUCAAGGACUUGGAGCGGUCCGGAAAUCUACUGGAGAGUGGUGUUUACGAAGGUAACCACUAUGGCACCCCGAAGCCGGCGACCGAGCCGAGCGCGGCGCGCCAGGCUGUGAUCGGGGACGUGCUGCUGCCGGGCCGGCACCCGAACAGCGAGGGCAAGCGGCGCCGGAACCGCUCCAACGUCGAGGCCAUGGCCGCCAAGAACACGGAGCCCGAGCCGCGCCCGCCGGGCCAGCAGGCGCCCGAGUACCCGUCGGUGCCCCAGCGUCCGGACGGUCCGAGCAUGAACGGCUCCGGCCACCAACCGGCCUGGAACGGCGGCGGCCCGGGCGCCGGGCUCGGCCCACUGCCCGACAACUGGGAGGAGGCCUUCACAGAGUACGGAGAGCCCUACUUCAUCGACCACAGCACGGGCACGUCCCACUGGCUGGACCCGCGGCUGGCGCUCGUGCAGAAGAAGUCGCUCGAGGACUGCGACCUGAACGAGCUGCCCUACGGCUGGGAGCGCAUCGACGAUGCCACCUACGGCACCUACUACAUCGACCACGUCAACCGGCGCACCCAGUACGAGAACCCCGUGCACGAGGCCAAGCGACUGCAGGAGCAAGACGGCCGUCCGUUCUUCACGCGCAGCCCGGACGAGCUGCGGGGCCUCAUCAUCCAGACGACGCUGCACAAGUCGUCGCGUGGACUCGGCUUCACCAUCGUCGGCGGCGACGACGGUGACGAGGAGUUCCUCCAGAUCAAAUCCGUCGUGCCCAACGGCCCGGCCUGGCUGGACGGCAAGCUCAAUACCGGUGACGUGCUGGUGUACGUCAACGGCCAGUGCGUGCUGGGCUACACGCACCAGGACAUGGUGCACAUGUUCCAGACGAUCGGCGCCGGCGAGCUGGUGCAGCUGGAGGUGUGCCGCGGCUACCCGCUGCCCUUCGACCCGGACGACCCCAACACGGAGAUCGUCACCACCAUGGCCGUCUCGGCCGCCGACACCCAGCCGACGGACGCGUACCCGACCGGCGCCGGCGAGCGGCCGCGCUCGCCGCCCAACUCGGACGAGAGCAUCAACACGUCCAAGUCGAUGCCGGACCUGAGCGGGGCGGAGCGUCCGCCGGACGUACAGAGGCCCGGCUCGGCCGACCUGCUGUCGACAGCAGAGAACGUGCCGCCGACGGCGCCGAAGCCGCGCUUCCUGACGGUGCCCAUCGUCAAGGGCGACUCGGGGUUCGGCUUCACCAUCGCCGACUCGGCCUACGGCCAGAAGGUGAAGAAGAUCCUGGACCGCAGCCGCUGCACCGAGCUGCAGGAGGGCGACAUCCUGGUGGAGAUCAACAACGUGCACGUCAAGGCCAUGCCGCACGCUGACGUGGUCCAGGUGCUGAAGGACUGCCCGGUGGAGCGGGAGGCGACCGUGACAGUGCAGCGGGGCGGCUCGCACUCGCCCACCAAGCCCAAGACCAAGCGCAAGGAGGAGACGGCACGCCGGCCGCCGCUCUCCGGCCAGUACCGCAGCAAGACGCCCACCGCCGAGCUGUACAGCACCCAGCCCAAGGAGGUGAUGCCCAGCCGGCCCAAGACGCCGCUGGUCGACACGCGCCGCGCCAAGACGCCUUCGUACGGCCAGCUGCCGGGCCCGCCGCCGGCCGGCGCCGACGCGCGGCUGGCGCUGGACGGCCGCGCCGGCCCGGCCGGCCCCGAGCUGCGCUACACCGCCGAGCCGGACGGCCGUGCGUUCAGCUAUGACCGGCCGAACGGGCCGGCGCGGCCCGAGCUGGCGGCGCAGUUCGGCCGGCUCGGGCUGCACGCCAGCUUCGACGAACGUGACGCGGAGCCGCGCGGCUACGGCGCGGCACCGCCCGGCUACGGCGGGGCACCGCCCGGCUACGGCGCCGCCCCGCCCGGCUACCACGCCGCCCCGCCCGGCUACGGCGCCGCGCCGCCCGGCCGGCCAUACGGCGGCGCGCCGUUCGCGCCCGAGGGCUACUACAGCGAGCAGGGGGCCGGCCGGGCCGCCGACGCGUCGUUCGAGCAGUACGCGGCCGAGGGCGUGCCGUACGGCCAGUACCGGCCGGCCGAGCCGGCGCCCGGCCGGCGCAAGCAGAGCACCAGCUUCGAGCACGAGCAGCCGGCGCCGGCGGCGGUCACGCGCGCCGCCCGCCCGGCCGGCACGCACCAGUACCUGGAGAUGGCCGUCGCGCUGAUGCGGCACCAGUCCGGCUUCGGCUUCCGCAUCGUCGGCGGCACCGAGGAGGGCUCUCAGGUGUCGAUCGGGCACAUCGUGCCGGGCGGCGCGGCGGACGUGGACGGUCGGCUGCAGUCCGGCGACGAGAUCAUCUACGUGGACGGCCAGCUGGUGAUCGGCUCGUCGCACCACCACGCCGUCCAGCUGAUGAGCCAGGCGUCCAGCAACGGCCGCGUCCAGCUGGGCAUCCGACGGCGGCUGGCGCGGCACGACGCCCUCAACCGCAGCCAGGAGCAGCCGCCCUACGAAGUGACGGUGACGCGGCGCGAGGGCGAGGGCUUCGGCUUCGUCAUCAUCUCGUCGGUGAGCCGGUCGGGCUCGACGAUCGGACGCCUGAUCGACGGCAGUCCGGCGCAGCGCUGCGGCCAGCUGCACGUCGGCGACCGUAUCCUGGCGGUGAACGGGGUCGACAUCGGCGGCCUGCAUCACGGUCAGAUCGUGACGCUGAUCAAGGAGAGCGGCUACCGCUGCGUGCUCACCGUCGGGCCGCCGCUCGACGACUCGUCCAGCACCGCCUCCACGUCGCAGAAGGUGGCGGCGGGCGGCGGCGGCGGCGGCGGCGAGGACGAGUUCCACGCGAUCGAGCUGAGCCGCGGCUAUCGCGGCUUCGGCUUCUCGAUCCGCGGCGGCCGCGAGUUCCACAACAUGCCGCUGUUCGUGCUGCGCAUCGCCGAGGCGGGCCCGGCCGCGCAGGACGGCCGCCUCAGGGUGGGCGAUCAGAUAAUCGAGAUUAACCAGGUGAACACGAAGAACAUGACUCACGGCGAGGCGAUCGAGCUGAUCAAGCAGGGCGGUGCCGUGGUGCGCCUGCUCAUCAGACGCGGCGGCCGGAUACCACAGGUGAUCAUGGAGCAGGCGGCGGCGGCGCCGCUGACGCCCACCUCGCUGGGGCCGGCCGGCCGCUCCUCCUCGUCGCUCUCGCAGCCGUACCCGCCGUCGUUCUUCCCGCCGUCGCCGCAGCUGUACCACCCGCAGCGCGGCGGCUACCCGGCGGCCAACGGGCCCGCGCCGCGCGGCCCGCUGACCAAUGGUGACGUGUCCGGCUACGAGGGCCACGCCUACUGGAGCCGGCAGGCCAACUUGUAGCGUCCCGGCGCUCGCGCAGAGCGGCGACGGCUGCGCGCGCCGGCCUGCGCACGCUCGCCUGGCGCUUCGGUUUGUUCGUGAAGUGUUUGUUUGUUUGUGUCGAGUGGGCGCGAUGCGGCGGCCCGGUGCGCGGAUGUUGGCCACUUGUGUUUGCUCGGAAAAGACAAUCAGUUAUCUCCUGAUCUGCUUGCGGACGGUGCCUUACAAAGAACCCCAGCUUUGGAGUCGGUCUCCGACCUACGGUGCGCAACAAAAUGUAAAUAGUAGGCUAGACUCGUUACAUCCAAGCAUUGUACAAAGUGCAUGAUCAAUGUUUAUGUGAAGCACUAAUAAAGUACUGGUAUUUUGC